GUGCUGCCACUUGGAUCCGGUCUUUGCCGAUUUAUUAUUGUUAAAAAAUGGACAAAGAAAUUAUAAAACAAGGCGCUGAGGCUCGCCUGUACCUCGGCAAAUACGAGGGCGAAACCUGCCUGAUCAAGGAGCGCUUCGUCAAGAAGUACCGCCACCCAGACCUGGACAAACAAAUCACGCGACGCCGCAUGAAGGCGGAGAUGAAGACGGCGGCACGUUGUCUGGCUGCCGGCGUUCUGGUGCCGAAAGUACUUCACUUGGACUACCCCGCACACACCUUGUACAUCGAGUACUAUGCCAAUGCCAAGACAGCCAAGGAGUUCAUCCAGGAGACAGUUGCCACCCAAGAGCCGGGCGAGGCGAAGAAGAUUCUGCAGGAUCUGUGCUGGCGCAUCGGCGUUAUCGUCGGCAGAAUGCACGUUGACCACAUCAUCCAUGGCGAUCUGACCACAUCGAACGUACUAAUCAAUCCCCAGGAGAACAAGUAUGAAGUUGUGUUCAUCGAUUUCGGGCUGAGUCACUACGACAAGGGCGCCGAGCGCAAGGGCGUGGAUCUGUAUGUCCUGGAGCGAGCUCUGCUGAGCACCCACAGCGAGCAGUCCUACCUCUUCGACUACAUCCUGGAGGGCUACCGCGCGCAGUGCGGCGCGGAGGGACUUCUCGUCCUUGUCAAGUUCGAGGAGGUGCGCGCCCGUGGACGCAAACGGACGAUGAUUGGCUAACAACAAAUAUUCUUUAAUAAAACUUAAAUCCGUAGAUCUAUUCCCUA